AGAAGCUAUUGUUAGCAUUUGUGACAACGCCAUUGUGAUCGCAAACUUUUGUUGUUGUUGACAUUUUUGGUAUUUUUAGACACUUUCUACCAUCAAAUAUGUACCAUGAAAUUGGUUCGUUCAGUAAAAUAACGCAGAAUUUUAUUUCUAAAAGGUAUAGUUGUUCAAUGUUCAUUAGAAUAGGUAAUAAUAAAUAUUUUAAUGAGAAGGAUUCGAGUUAUUUUUAUGUUAUAUACACAUUUGAACUGAGAAAAUAUUUUUUCGAAAUCUGAACUAGCCACUAAUAAUUAUCAUAGUAUUAUAAAUUAUUAUUUGGUGAUGAAUUUCUAUUAACCCCAAAAAGUUUAAUUUUCAAGUCAAGACAAAAAACUAGAUCGCACUAUUAUUAUUAUUGUAUUAUUAGGAAUCUCUGUCAGUAUAACAGUACUAAGGGACAGUCGGUUUAUUUUAGUGCAUCAUAAUAUUUUCCACCCAGGCGCUGCCGCCCUACGGAGCCAGAUGAGGUGGCUGGGGCAUCUGAUUGGGAUUCUUCACGGACGCCUCCCUGGUGAGACGUUCCAGGCACAUCCCGCCCGGAGGAGACCCCGGGGGCACCCCAGGACACGCUGGAGAGGCAACGUUUCUCGGCUAGCCCGGGAUCCCCUCGGAAGAGCUGCGUGAAUGAAGUGGCUGGGGAGGGGCCAGUCUGGGUGUCGCCGCUACAGCCGCUGGCCCUGCAACCCGACCUCAGUUGCAGUUGUCGAAUUUGUCCACCAGAGAGUGGCAGAAUUCUGACCGAACCAGGAAGGGUUCCGGAAAACAAAACAUCCUCCACCUGUUCUCGAGGGUAACGCCGCAAAGUGGCGGAUGAGCGGCGACACAUCCUGUGCCUCAGUACACCGAAUGGAUGUCAGGAAAGAAGAAGAAGAAGAAGAAGAAGAAGCGAACCGAAGCUACCGUGUGUGUACACACGCAUGCGGGCUUCCAUGAUGAAUCAGCUGUCACUCAGGCACUCGUCCGACGUAGCGAUAAUGAGAAGUGCAUCAACAGCCUCUCUCGCCUGCUUCGCUUUUUUUUUUUUUUAAACACACAAACACAAGGCAGUUUUCUUCCUUCUCCUCCACACACAAACUCAUUCAUCUCGCCCUCACUGGUCCGUCUUGUGAUUUUUUUUUUUUUCUUUUUCCCCUCCUCUUUUUCACCCUCCCUCCUUUCUCCUCCUCCUCUCGGUUGCCCGCCGAGCUGAGCAGUCGCUGGUGGGACCGAGGAGGCAAAAAGAAAGAAGGGAGGAUAAAGCCGGAAUUGAGGAUGAAGAUUCGGGGGGGGGGGGGGGAGGAGAAGCCGCUGAAUGAAUAGUAGCGAAGAAGGGAUUACAAAGACUGAAAAGAAGGAGAGGAAGGACGCAGCCUGGCAGAAGCCUCUUCACUUCUUUUUCUCUUUAUCCAUCCUCCCUCCUUCACAGGCAGUCAGAGGGAGGAAUAACCACGAAGCCCCCUCGUUCUCAAUCGCUCGUCCUCCGCCUCCACGCAGGUUCGUUCGACUUGCGGGGGAGGGGGGGCAAAGGGGAGUAGACGGAGGUUGACCUUUCACCUCCUCUGACCUCCUCACCAUCCCCGCGGGACCCGCUGAGCGAAAGAAGGAGGAGGGGACGCGGGGGGGGGGGGGGUGGUGACAAGGUGUGGAUGGCCGACGCCCGACGACGAGCUCUCGAACACGACGCAGGCAUGUUCGGGCUAAAGGCGCCGCACUACUACCUCCCAGGCAUGAGCCAUGACUCCAACAAGUGGGCGUCAUUAGGAAUGGUCUCCACGGCGACUCGGACCACAGCCACCGUCAGUCCCCUCGGCCCUCUGACCAAUGGGAGCGCGCUCGCCCAGUCUGCCAACUCCGGAUUCGCUGCCGCCCUGCGCAAACUGGCCAAACAGGCGGAGGAUCCCCGAGGUUCGGCCGUCAGCGCCGAGCCGUCGCCCGUGUCUUCGCCCGCCGCCGGCCGCGGCUCGCCGGUCGGCGCCCCCAAACAGGCGCCGCUAGGCCCCCAGUCCCGGGGCCACGCCGUCGUCCCCGGCGCCCCGCCCGUGGUCACCAUUGCGCCCACCAAGACCAGCAACGGCCUGUGGAGGGCCGACGGACGACAGGUAGAGCCGAGCGUCCCACGGCUCGCCGGCGUCAGGGAGCGGGCGUCCGCCGACGACGCCCGACCGCCGCAGGACAAGAGGACCCCGCCCGUGGCCCCGCCUCACCCGCUGGCUCACCCCUUCGGACUCACCCCCAACUCUGUCAUGCAGGACCCCCGAAUGCAGAGCCUCAGUUUACCCGGGCAGACGCACCCCACGGUUCCGUCGGGCACCAUCCCGGAGGAGUACCUGAGAGCGCUGCGUCCCUUCGCCGCCGCCGACGAUCCGCGCCUGACCUCCGUGCCUCUCGGCCUGGAUGCCGCCGCCGCCCACGCGGCCGCCGCCGCCGCCGCCGCUUACUACCACUCGGCCUACCUGCACCACCCUCUGUCCUUGCCCAGGAUGGAGGAGUCCUUGUGUCUGUCGGCGCUGCGGUCGCAGUUCUACUCCGUGCCUGCCGGGGGCGCCUUCCCCCCGCUGCACCCCUCCGGCCUUCACUUGCACCUGCCCGGCGGCCGCUACCCCGGGGAGCUAAACCACGGCUUGCUAGCCGAGAGGCUGCAGAUGGAGAACGAGCUCCGCCAGAAAGAGAGGGAGGAGGAGAGGGAGCGAGAGAUGGACAGACUGAAGGAGAGGCAGCGGGACAGACAGCAGCAGAUGGCGCGGGCGGCGGCGGCGGCGGCGGCGGAGGGCCACGGGUACCUGGCCGAAGGGCCGCCCCGGAGGGCGCCCCCGCCGGAGGACGGGGCCGGGCCGGCCGCCGGCAGACCGGAUCAAGCCAAGGAGUCCGAGAACCCGUCUUUCCCGGCGCACAAAUCUCUUCCCUCCAACGUGCACUCCUCCAGGGGCUCCGUCCCGCACCCCGUGCCCAGCCUGGUGCCUUCUCACCUGGGCAAGCACCACGCCGCGCCGGCCUCGGUCGCCGUGACUCAGGAGGCCUGGACGAAAGACGGCACGAGAACGGGCCCCCCGCAGCAAGGCAGCAAAGAAGCCCCCCCUUCCCUGGGCGCCCCCCCUCCUCUCAUCUCCCCCAAACCCCCGCAGACCACCCUAUGGAACCCCGCCUCUUUCGUGGAGCGCCCGAAGCCCUCGCCGCCGAGUCGCCCCCCUCCCUGCCUGACCAGGGCCGAGCGACCCCGCCUGGGCUGGGGGGAGAAGACGGAGGAGGGCCCCGGGAGGAGGCCGGGGGCCCCCGAGAGCGGCUGCCCCUCCGCCAAGGCCGAGCGGGAACGCCUGGCCCGCCGGAGGCACCGCGUCGACGACCCGCACCUGAGGCUGUGGGCGCCCCUGUCGGACCCCGACGCCCCCCGGGAGCCGCGGAGGGACGGCGCGCUGGUGUACGACGAGGCGCUCCAGCGACACCGGCGACUCCUCAGCAAGCUGGACCUGGAGGAGAAGGCGAGGAGGGAGGCCCGCGAAGGAGGUUACUACUACGACGUGAACGAGUCGUACGACGAGAGCGACGAGGAGGAGGUGAAAGCCCAUCUGAGGAGGGUGACGGAGCAACCGCCCCUCAAGCUCGACACCUCCUCCGAGAAAGUGCACUUCCUGCGCACGUGCGGCCUGGUCACCUUGGCCCGCCGCGACGAGCUGCUGCGGCGCAAGAGGAGGAAGAGGAGGCGGAUGAUGAGGGAGCGCAGCGCCUCGCCGCCGGCCCCGCGCGGGAAGAGGAAGUCCCCCCCUUCGCCGGGCGCCGCGCUGACGACGCCGUACAGCGCCGAGCAGAUGGACGCCGCCCCCGAGCUGCAGGAGAAGAAAGACUUCCUGCGGGCCUUGAAGCUCUCCCACGUCAGCGCUCAGCAACGCAGAGACAAAGAGAAGACCGAAGAGCUGCUGAAGUCCAUCGAGAAGAAGAUUGUGACGUUGGACACGCUCCGAUACCACUCAGCACCUCCGAGCAGCAGCAGCAGCAGCAGCCCCCUCGCCGCCCCCCCCCCAGCUGGGGAGUCCCGUCAACCGAACGGACGUCAUUAUCCCGACUCGCCCCCGCGUUCGCACAAAGCCAGGCGGCCCCCCCACGACGACGCCCUCGGGCAGCCGCCGCCGCCGCCGCCGCUCUUGGCGCCGCACCGAGACAAAGCGGCACCGGCGCCGCAGCCUCAGCCGCUGCGCAACGGCCACCUGAAAAAGGAGGCCGGGGCGAACGGUCGCGUGCGGCCCUGGGAGAGCCUCACGCCCGAGGCCUUCGCGCAGCACUUCCAUCACGCCGUGCUGCAGUCCACGCAACACAAAGCGUCAAAGUCGGCGAGGGCUGACGGCUCGCCGCUUCAAACGCCGCACCCCGGCCACGCCGCCCCGAUCCCGGACGGCCUUCGCCCCCGGUCCCCUCCGGCCGGCCGGGCGGACGGGGGCCCGGACGAGGGUGGCGGCCCGUCCGGGGAGGAGGAUGAGGAUGAAGAGGAGGAGGAGGAGGAGGAGGAGGAGGAGGAGGAGGGCGAGCCGCCGAGGAAGUGGAAGGGCAUUGAAGCCAUUUUUGAGGCCUAUCAGGAGUACGUGGACGAACGCAGCGUGGAGCGGCAGGUUCUGCACAGCCAGUGCAAACGGCUGGAGGCCCAAAACUACAACCUCAGCAGGACGGCGGAGCAGCUCUCCGUCGCCAUGGCGGAGCUGGUGAACCAGAGGCAGCGGGUGCGCGAGGACCGCGAGAGGCUCCACGCCCAGCUGGAGCACUUCAGGAGGUGUCUGACGCUACCCAGCAUGCACUGGGGCAGAGGGGGGCACAUCAACGCCCACGCGCCCAGGUGACCCCGGGACGCCGCCCGGCCAAAGACUACCGACUCUGCGCUUACACCGAAUGACGCGAAGGAAGUCGAUCCCGGGAUCCAAAUUCGUCGCGCCCGUUGCCAUGGUUACCGUAACCCUGCACCUUUUUUUUUUUUUUUUUUUUUUGUCUGGAGGUUUUUCAAGCGAGGAUCCACAUCUGAGGACUUUUCCACCGAUUGUUUGCAGCAUUGCUAUUGAGCUGACCCGGCGUUUCCCCACCUCCAUUGCGCCACAGCACUUCUUUUACAUUCGCGCACUCUCGCGAGGGAAAACCUCACAAAAAGCCCGAACGGGCGUUGUGACGUCGGAGGCGACCUGCUGCCCUCUACUGGAAGAACACGUCACCAUUUGUCUGUCCGCAUAUGUCGCUGACAUAGACAAAUAAAGAUACAUUACAGUAAUCCCCUGUUCUUUUGUGGGUGGGGCUUAUUUCCCCCCCGCCCCCUGGCAGCCCAAAUUUUUUUUAAUUUAAUGGAAACUGUAAAUACACCACAAAUUAUGACCCCCAAAUCGUUAAAUAUCAUUUCAAUCUCAUUUUGUAAUAUUACAUUUAUAAGAAAAAGCUCGCAAGUUCCAUUUGAUUAAGGUGGCAAAUUCCACCGACAACCCAGGCUAAACUUUGCUCAAUACACAAAGCUUGUCUUUUGGUCAAGAUGUAUCACCUCGACAUACUUCCUGAAGACCAAUUCUGAGUUAGGCGGGACUUUGGCUCCAUCUUGUGGCAUUUUGUAACACUAUUUUAACCCAUUCAUGGGCAGGGUGGCAAUUUUUUUUCCCUUAUUGAGAUGAAAGUCUCCUGACAGGCCACAAUCGAGGAAAUAACACUUCUUUUUUCGUUUAACGCAUAAAACCGAGGGCAAAAAAAGAUGUAACCUCUCGCGGGCAGCGCCCCAAAAACUGGGACGGGUAUGUUAUCAGUUCUGUGAAGUGGUACAUACUACAGAUAUGUUUAUUACACUUACGCAUCAAUAAUACUGAUGGAUUAGCAUUUUGCAUACUGACCUUUCUUCUCUCGGAAAACGCUCCACGUCUACUUGAGGCAGCCAUGUUGGGUCAAGAAGGAAAAAGAAAUAACUACGUGCCGGCUUUGACCUGAUGAGUUAUCCUCCCCUGAUGCCAAAUUAUGGUUUCAGAUUAAAACACUUCAAUAUUUUGGAUAUACUGAAGGAUAUAAUGCGUGAAAAUUAUAAUGUCCCAAAAAUGGGACGCUGCCAACGAAUGGGUUAAAAAUGAGAAUAGGUUCCAAAAUAAGGAAGCUGAGUGGAGCAGCUGUAAAGCGUUGGGCUCACAUCUCUGGGGGUCAGGGUUCAAGUCCCAGCCCUCCCUCUGUAGAAUUUGCACGUUCUCCCCGUGCCUGCGUGACUUUUCUCCGGGUGGGCACUCCGAUUUCCUCCCACAUCCCAAAAACGUGCCAGCAUUCAUUGGAGACUCUAAAUUGCCACGAGGUGUGAUUGUGAGUGCGGCCGUUUGUCCUCGUGUGCCCUGCGAUUGGCUAGCGGCCAGUUCAGGGUGUACCCCACCCGCCUCCUGCCCGCUGACAGCCGGGAUAGGCUCCAGGACUCCCGCGACCCUUGUGAGGAUGGAUGGAUGGAUGUUCCAAAAUAAAACACAGGAGGGAUAAAUUCACAAACACUCAGGGGAUUACUAUAAUUAUAAAUCAUCACUCUUUCGGUGAAAUUGAAUCAUUUCCCACAUCACGCAUGAUCAUCGCUCACCAGAGUGGUUGGGAAUCACCCGUCUAAUUCGUUCAUUCAUUCCUUCACUCACUCCCUCACGACGCGUGACCGAGCAGAAUGGUCAAAGCACACCUCAGGCCUUAAAACGUCGAGGGGCGCUUCAUAGAUUUGACACCGGUCCUUGUGCUCGAUGAAGAAUUUCCGAUGUUUUGGUGGUUUUCUUUCAAAGGGGGAAAAGGAAGCCAUACGCCGUUUCAAAAAUGCUGCUUGCUGGUCCGGAAAAUGAAGGACGUUUGAAUAGAAAUGCACGGAUUGUUUGGGAGGCUGGUUGUCAUGACAACCGCAGGUCACAUCCUACAGAUGCUACCUUUACAUGUGAUAGAACUUGAAGAAACAUACAUUUUUACAUUUCAACUUUUUUUUUUUUUUGCUGCCCACACAUUCAAUUUGUUUUCACCCCCCAAAAUAUGUAUAGUACAGUAUAAUUCCCUUUAAUUUGAAAUAUAUACUGUCCCAAGAUGGCUCACGUCAACAAGAAAACAAGGCGUGAAAUUCUUAUUCCAAUUGUUUGAAUCAGCUGUUAGCUAAUUUCUUUGUGGGAAAGGGAGGUUGUAAAUGCGCAGUGAAUUAUUUAUUAACGUAUUGGUGUACAUGAAGAGGAAUUUGCAUUAAAAUGUUGCAUCAUGAUUGCAUUUAGCUUCACGGCUUUUAUGUACUAAAUGUAGAUGUAAAUGAUUAGCAGGGAUGAAUGGGCCAAUCCCAUCUUUUUAU